AUGAAGGGGUUGCCCUGCCCGUGCCUUACCCUGCCCCACUUCUGGCAGCUGGGGUCUCCCUUCAUGGCUGAGGGCUCUGGGACUCAGGCCGUGGGGAACAGACCCCUGCUCAGCAUCCAGCACCUCCGAGCCCAGUAUGAAGGCCUGAGACGGCAGCAGAGGUCCCAGACCCACCUGGUGGUAUACCGAAAAGGAGAGUACACGGUGGCUCCCCCUGAGGCCAUGGUCAGCAGCGUUUGGAUUAACAAGGAGAGGAGGCACUCGCUGUGUCCGGAAGAGGCGGGUCCUGAGGUGGACCAGGCAGUAGAGGAGGACGGGGGAGGCUGUCUUCAGGCGCCGAAGUCGCCCUGGCACCAGCACCUAGAGACGCAUCGCUUGUUCCAAACCUUCCCCCAGGAAUCCCAACAUCAAACAAAAUAUAGCAUGGCAUCGAAGCAAAAUAUCCCUCAGGAAGGAGACCCAGGAGUGUUUGAGAACAACCAGAUGACUCAGCCGGGGACUCAGGGAGCCUGUCAGGUGGACAGUAGCCAAACAGAGGCUGUGGGAUCUGCUUCGAAGGUCAGCUUUCAGUGCCCUCCUGCCAGAAGGGCCCCACACAGGUCUGGAAAACGAGCUCACUACCCAUUUCCCCAGAGGAAAACGCCCAGGAUCUCCCAAGCUGCCCGCAACCUGGGCCUAUAUGGCCCAGUUUGAAGCUUUGGAGACAGUCUGUUAUCUCAACCCUGAGGCCAUCUCUGACCUCACCGGAGACCAGAGGAGAGACAGCCACCAAAAGGGCCUCUAGCUGUGAGCAGAACUGGACUAGCUCAGUGGCAGUAAUUGUGGGAUGUGACCUACACAGUGAGCACAUGGUCCUGUCCUCCAAAAAAGAAGAGACUGCCCAAGCGAGACUGCUCGCAGUUGAGGAUGAGAGGGCGCUGUCUGCAUGUUUAAGACACCACUAUGGAGCCCCA